GCUACGUGGGGGCACGCCAGCCACUGCAGGAGAGUUCCGCCCAUAUCGGAAGGGCAACAGGAGGAGCAGCCUCAGCAACAACAAUAACAAGUUCAACAAAAAAGCCCCAAGAUCGAGCCCAAACACCAAGUGCAAGAGCAAGGUCACUCAGGAGGAGUGAUAAGGCCGGUGUGCAGAGUAAAGCCAUUUGUGCAGCCACAACCAGAGACAUUGAUCAUUGCAAAGAGCUGCAAUCACUAGACAAGAUGGAUCGUUCAAGACCGUGGUACCCAUUCAGACUGCCAGGAAUGUGUGGACUUUGUAAGACUACAUUAAUUUUGACUUUGAUAUCAGUGACUAUUUGUUUGAUAAUUUUGUGCUUCAUUGAGGGCUUGAAAGUAUGGUCUGUGGAAAAACACACCAACUGGACUGAAACAGUGUUAAGCAGCAUCAUCAGACAACGUAAAAAAAGAGACACAUUCACGGAAGUGGAGUCGGUGAGAGGACUGUACGAAAACACCAUCACAAUAGAGGAGGGAUCAAGUGUGACUUUCAAGUGCAACCCAUUCCAGGAGAACUGUCUCGGGUGCGAUGGACAUACUGAGGAGUACGCACCUUUCUACAUCUGCGAAAGUCCAUGUAAAUGGACCGACGUGAAAGCAUACGCUUAUAACUACAAGUCAGGAUACGAUGAAAGAUUUCGGGUGCAUGCUGAAGACAAACUGAGUAACAACAGGUACAGGAUGAGAGUGGAAUUGAAACAUGCAACACGUGCUGACCAAGGCAGAUAUUACUGUGCCCUGGACUUGACUGGGACUGACUGGUAUGAGACAAUAGACAUUAUGGUAGUCAAGGCAGCCAGACCAUGGACCGCAACGACGAUGACACCUUUCUUGUCACCUGUGUCACCUGAGGUCGAACAAGCUACUGAAGAGGAACUGGCCUGGAUGGGGGAUGGAGACACAAGCAAAGGUCAGGUAAAUCCUGAAGUACAGAAAGCCAUGAUGAAAUGCCAGGGGAACAAAGCCUGCGCGCUGGCAAUACUGCAGAAAGAGGAACUGAAGAUCAAAACGAGCUGCUGGAUGUGUCUGCAAAUGUCUCAUGCCUGGAAAACUGUCCCUCUGACGGCAGCAACAGCCAACGAAACUAAGUGUCUUAUUCCUCAACAAAUGACUGAUGUGCUAAAAACUGUUGUGGACCUGGAGGAAGGAAGGACACCAACGAAACAGCCUGCUGACGACUGUGACCACAUACAGCAAUACAACAACACUGAUAUAGCAAUUCCACCUUUGAGGGUAACAUAUGCCCAGGGUGAUGUUUGUGUCUGUUUCAACAGACCGAGAAUGUUAAAGACCGGAUGGUCUGACUGCAGGAUCAAAAUCAACGUACAGGACGGAACAAUGAGCAAUUGUACAGCAAUCAUCAACAACAAAGAAAUCAACUUCACAUGUUCAUUCCACAAACCGAACGAAAGUUCACCAGCCGCGGUGUGGGUGUGUGGCGACAGAGCUUAUCACCGUUUGCCUAAAAAAGACUGGUCAGGUUGCUGUUAUCCAGCUUUGAUGAAUGUGGGGACUUUACCACGCAAAGUAGGUAAGAGGGAGAGACGAGACAUUAAGAUUUUGCCUGGGGCUUUGCCAAAUCAUUAUGCGGGGUACACACUAACUGAUCCGUGGACGACACCAGGAGCAAAUAUAGGUUGGUCCAUUUUCUUAGGGGUGGGUACAGCAGUAACGAUUAACAAGAUUAAUGGGUUAGCAUGGACGGUAUUAGCAAUGGUCAAUAGCUUGAUAGUUGAUAUGCUUACGGCAGAAAGGGGCGGAGUGUGUAAGAUGCUGGGGGUAUCUUGUUGUUUUAACAUUCCUGAUUACAGUGAUAAUAUAACCAACAUAAUUUAACACAUAAGAGAGGCCGUAAGAGAAUCUGAGCGGACUGACAACCUGUGAGC